GACUCUGAAUCCAGAGGUGCUUCGUUUCCUCCUCGCGGGAACAGCAGACCGAUUUCUACGACUCCCGGAGCCAAACGCCGUGCUUCUCGCGCUGGGACUCGUUCUGUCUCGACAUUGUCGGCGGCCCAGCUCGAACGCAAACGCGCAAACGACCGGGAAGCCCAGCGUGCCAUCCGCCAGCGUACCAAGGACCAACUUGAGAGCUUGCAGCGCCGUAUCGAUGAGCUUACGAGCGGCGACGACAACAAUGCGAAGUUCAUGCAAGCACUACGACGAAAUGAGGAGCUAGAGCAAGAAAACGUGAUGCUUCGAAGAAGCCUAAACCAGGCG